GGGAAACUUACAUGGAUUCUUCGAACUUCUUCUCCGCGAACAGCUUGUUGCCCUCUGCCUUGAGUGCGUCGGCCAUUGUGAUUGGUGUGGAGAGCUGAGAAGGGAUAUAAUUAUUCUCGUGCUGGGCGUGGCGCGUGUGGUAGGCAGCGGUGGUCUGUUAAAUAAAUGUCGGCGUCGCAGCUUCUAGCUCAUUCUAUAGGCGGAGCUGUGGUGCAGCCCCGCUACCCCUCAAAGUGGAAAGGCGCCUAUCAUCGCGCCUAGGGCUGAAGGGCGUCGGGGUAUAACGUUCAACCCAUCACCGUUCUCCGGCCGUUCUGCCCAAAGUCUGCACCUAGAGGUCGGAAGGCUCGUUAUUUUUUCUUUCUCAGACUCUCAGACGAAACGUGACUCACCCUUGAAUCGGGGUCAAUCAAUCCAUCGUUACGAGCUGUUCACCAUGUCUUCAGAUACAAGAUUCGUGGUCCCGAAGAUAGUCUGGCAAGCUCAACCGGCUCAGGUGGCUGUCACAGACAAGAUCAUAGUCCGCAACCUGCAGGCUUCUGUCGAUGCUGGUGUGGAUGUCUGGGGGCGACCAAAGAAACAGCGUGCUUUGCUCACUGUAACGCUGUCAUUGACCAAAUCUUUUGACUCAGCUGCGGAAGCAGAUGCUCUCGAUAACAGCACAGUUCAUUAUGGAAUAUUGAGCAAAGCUAUUCAAGCCUAUGCCGAUGGCCAAGCCGGUCGUCUUCCUACCGGGCAACUCGCUCACGACAUUUCCAAUGUCGUUCAAGACACGGCAGGGGAUACGCCCCUUGCUUCUGUUGAGGUGGCUAUUUUCUAUCCCAAAGGAAGCAUGUUUGGAGACGGAGCCGAGUUCUCGCUUGGUAGAUCCAUAUCGGAAGAAAGGAUGUACACACAGCUGCAUCUCCGUAAUGUCCAGAUCCCAUGCCUGAUCGGGGUGAACGCGAACGAGAGACAACAGAAGCAGCCGGUGAUUGUCAACAUAUGGGUCGAUUGCCUGGCGGCUCAUCGACAUGACGAUUACCAAAGAUUGGAGACAGCGGUGGUCGACGUAAUAUCAAGUUCUUCCUUCGAGACGCUGGAAUCAUUGACAACCACCGUGAUCAACCACCUGCGCAGCAACUUCUUCACGGAUGCUUCAGAUGACAGAUCCCUUGUCAGACUGCAGAUUGAGAAGCCGCAUGCCGUGCCUGCAGCAGACGCACCAGUCAUCGAGAUAGUCCGACCUGUUUGUGUUUGAGAAGCACUGCGUUGUUGCAAUUCAUCAGGCCUGUGCGCCGGGGAGCGCAAUCGAACCGAGGGCUUUCAACAUCCCACGCGUUCAUGAAGACUGCUGACACGAAUCCGCAUUCUUCAUCCUACAUCUAGUACAUGCGGAGGAUUACAUACCGGCAUGAACCCUGUACCACCUCGGACGUGUGGCGCC